AGAAAAUGGGUAAUAACUGAAGAUAACCUCACAGCAGGACAGUGAGAUCAGAUUGGCAGUGCGUCAGUGAGUGGCAUGACUGAAGACGAGACAAAAAGCAAGCUACAGCAAAAGGUGUGAACUUCAUAUUUUUCUCUGGAACUAGGCAACAGAGGAAAAGAUCAAGAUGGUCCCAAAUUAUUCUACUGAAGAAACUGUUAAAAGAAUCUACGUUGACUGUCCAGUUUCAGGAAGGCACAGUUACAUCUACGUUAUGGUUCCAACUGUUUACAGUAUCAUCUUUAUCAUAGGCAUAUUUGGGAACAGCCUGGUCGUUAUUGUCAUUUACUGCUACAUGAAAUUAAAAACAGUAGCCAGCGUCUUUCUGCUAAACCUGGCCCUGGCUGACUUGUGUUUUCUCAUAACUCUGCCACUCUGGGCAGCCUACACAGCCAUGGAGUACCAGUGGCCAUUCGGCAACUGUUUAUGUAAGUUAGCGUCAGCGGGGAUAAGUUUCAAUUUGUACGCCAGUGUGUUCCUGCUCACGUGCCUCAGUAUUGACCGGUACCUGGCCAUAGUACACCCCGUGAAGUCCCGAAUUCGGCGUACCAUGUUUGUUGCCAGAAUAACUUGCAUUGCCAUCUGGCUUCUAGCCGGCGUGGCCAGUUUGCCUGUCAUCAUUCACCGGAAUAUAUUCUUUGCUGAGAACUUGAACAUGACAGUCUGUGGUUUUCGGUACGACAACAAUAAUACAACGCUCCGGGUCGGAUUAGGUUUAUCCAAAAAUUUGCUGGGCUUUUUAAUUCCUUUUCUGAUCAUAUUAACAAGCUAUACCUUAAUUUGGAAGACCCUGAAGAAAGCAUAUCAAAUUCAAAAAAAUAAGACCAGAAAUGAUGAUAUUUUUAAGAUGAUUGUGGCAAUAGUAUUUUUCUUCUUCUUUUCUUGGAUUCCUCAUCAAGUGUUCACUUUUCUGGAUGUAUUAAUUCAAUUACAUGUAAUAACAGACUGCAAAAUCACUGAUAUUGUGGAUACGGCUAUGCCCUUCACCAUUUGCAUUGCUUACUUUAACAACUGUUUGAAUCCUUUCUUUUAUGUUUUUUUUGGAAAAAAUUUUAAAAAAUACUUUCUUCAGCUAAUAAAAUACAUUCCACCAAAUGUCAGUGCACAUCCCAGUUUAACAACGAAAAUGAGUUCCCUCUCAUAUCGACCACCAGAAAACAUACAAUGAACCACUAAAAAGACUGCUGGGUCUUUUGACAGCGAGUGAUGUGUUUUGCAAUAUACUUUUUCAGAACAACCUUGUGAACGAAGCAGCAAGAGUGACAGAAUUCAUCUGCAGUCCUGAACAUCACAGCUUACUGCUCAUUACUAAAACAUUAAACCACCUCAAAAAAGUCAUACUGUAAGGAUUUAGCGGUGGUCUUUUGUUUUAUAUUGUGAAGAGGACUGCUUGGUUUUCAUUUUGUUCUCUAUUGGAAGCAACAUAAACAGUGGACAGGUAGUGCGAGGUUAUUCUCAGCAUCCUGCCAUUUACUUCAGAGAGGGUAGAUAAAACUGUAAAGAUCUCUGAACUGAAGUUAAAGGAAAAGCAUGUGUAAAUUAUAUUAAUUGAGAAGGACCUGUUUUGCACAUACAUGAGCAAUUUUAUUGUAAGUAUGUGGAAUUUUGUUCAAAGAGUCAGAAGACAUGCACUGCUUUUUUUUUCUCUCUCUGUAAUUACAUAUAUUAUUAUAACAUAACUUGUUAUUCAAAUGUAUGUUACAUCUACAAGCCCAAUUCCAAACUUGGAUAGAAAUUUAAAGACCUUGAAAUUGGUCUAAUUCCCCGUUAUGCUACUAUUUUUCAUUUAAAAAUGGCAAAAGUUUAUAAUACAUGCAAUAAAUGCAGAUUUAUUUAUUAAUUAUAGAAGAAAUAUAUUUCUAGAUUUAUAUUCCUACUCAAAGAUUUCAAGUAGUUCAACUAAUAUGGCUGUCAGUCACACCACUAAACAUCUGAGACCAAACUUUGUUCUUGAUUUUUAUGGAGUUACUCUCUAUUUAUAUAAAACCAUUCCUGGAAUAAGGAGCAUUUACUCCCUGUAGGACUCCCGCUGACGCGUAUGGAACUAUUUCAAAUUCACACUAGUAUAAGUCAACAAGGUUUGGUUCAAACUCCCCUCACAAAUGAGGGGGAAAAGGUGAUAACCACUGUAGGACUUUUCAGCUAAUGAUGUACUCAUCUGCCCUUCUGACCUCAAGUAAUGAACUCCAGAAAAUAUUUGUUCUUAAUUCAGUCUCAUCUAUUUUCUUCAAAAAUAACUAAGUCCAUAAAUACUUUUCAACGUAGCAAAAUGCAAGAAAAAGUCCAAUAUUUUACAUAUAUCAUGUAGGCAAAUAUAUGAUCCUGGAGAAUAUGCAGUAUUCAUAGUCUUAAAAAUUAUAUAUUUAAUGUGAUUUUGACUCAGCUAGCAAAUGGUUAGAUU